ACGGACAGGAUGCUAUCUCAGGAGUCACGAUAGCAAGCUCAAACUCUGUACUUAUAUCAACCGUUCAGUUAGAGCUAUCAUCUUCCCUUAGCCCCUCCCACCUCAACUAUCGUCCGCCGUCGUUACCUUCCUCGAUCGCGCACCAUCAUGACAGAUGCAGAAGGCGAGAUCCAUCAACCCAUCCACCCCGAUAUCCUGAAGAAGCUCGACCCCGAGUUCGCCGCCUUCCACAGCGCGAACGCCCUCCACCAGGUCCCACUCCAUCUCCUCCCCUGGGACCCAGCCGUGCGCAAAGGCAAUCCCGUCAACGGCGCCUCAGAGCCUCUGCCAGUUGGGAGCAUCCAGGACUUCGCUCUCAGCAAGUUCAGCGUGCGCGUAUUCACGCCGGAGGGAUCUGCGCCUGAUGCGGGUUGGCCGGUUCUCAUCUACUUCCAUGGAGGUGGCUGGACACUGGGUAAUAUCAACACGGAAAAUGCAUUCAGCACCAACGUGUGCAAGCGUGCGAAGGCGGUCGUGGUCUCCGUCGACUAUAGACUCGCACCUGAGGACCCGUAUCCCGCUGCGGUUGAAGAUGCCGUCGAGGCCCUGGAGUGGGUGUACCAGAAUGGUAAGGCACAGCUGAGCGUGGAUACCACGAAGAUUGCGGUCGGCGGUUCGUCCAGUGGUGGGAACCUGGCAGCUGUCGUCGCCCUCAAAGCGGUCCAAGCGGAGCCUCCGAUCCCGGUCAUGUUCCAGCUCCUUGUAGUCCCGGUCACCGAUAACACGGCCACGACGUCAGGCGUGCCGUACAAGUCCUGGGCAGAGAACGCGAACACCGUGCAGCUGACUCCAGGCAGAAUGUUGUGGUUCCGCGAUAACUACCUUCCGAACGAGAAGGACCGCACUGCAUGGGAGAGCUCGCCCAUCUUCGCGCCUGAAGAGUUGUUCAAGAAGCUGCCUAAAGCGUGGGUCGCCGUGAUGGACCUAGACGUCCUGCGGGACGAGGGCAUCGAGUACGCGAAUAAGAUGAAGGCGGCAGGAGUAGACGUCGAGGUCAAAUUGUACGAGACAGCGCCGCAUCCCAUAUUGGCGAUGGAUGGUGUGUUGGAGAUCGGCAGGAGAUUCGUGACGGAUGCGGUAAACGCGACAGCACAGGCGUUUGGCACCGCUUGACCUCUCGUGCAAGGCCGAUAAUCGUUUGUAGGCAACGACACCUCUACUUAGAGGUCAAUCAGUGCGAAUUGAGGAUAGUCAGGUAGCAAGAAAUAAUGUGAUGCAUCGUCCUGCGUAUGAUUGCAUGAACCGGAUUG